ACUGAUUGUUAUAUAUGAUUACUAGCCAUAAGUUAGGGUGAAGAUUUGAGAGUACUGUUUAGUGCUGUUGGACGCAAUUUUUAGCUUGCACUGUCCAGAAUUUCUAUGAGGGGAGUUUUACAUCAUACAGAGCAUUGAAAUGCAGCCAGUUUGCCAAAACAUAAUGGUCACUUUUUAUCAUGAUGAUUGAUAGUUGUGUGACCCAUCACAUUUUGAGUCUUCUGAGUUAUUAUGGCUGCCACACUUGAAGUCACAUUUGUGCCACAGAUAGAUAGAAAAUGUUUUGUUUGUUAGUAGAAUAUAUAACAUACUGUAAUAGAAUCAUGAAGUUUCUGGCUCACAAUUAGUGUUCAGACUUGGCACGCUCUUGUCUCUGUUUAAGUAACAAUUGAGUUUUUAUCAAUACAGAAUAGACACUAACAACAAUUUUGAUCUGAUUUUGUGGGAUCUUGCUCUCAUUUUUAAGUAUGGUAGACAGAGAACAUCAACAUGUUAUCUUGCUUUCUCUGUAGAGUCUUCUUCCUGGGUAAUCUCCAGUUAAAUCAUCAGUAGGUAAAGGCAGUCAGAAGAGUCUAAGCUGACUUCUGCCUUGAGUUCCCUGGGGAGAGGCAUCCACACUUGUGAACUAUAAAAGACUGGUAAAGUCUCCCUCGCUUAUGAUAAGGUUUGCUCAAACAGUUUAUGCUACCAUGAUUUACACUGCUUGUGUGUGUUGAGCGUUGUGUUUAUACGUCUGCACGCUGCAGGGUGCACGCAGUGGUACUCUCAGCACAAGCCCAAAGGCAGGGUAGGCUUAGCGCUAUAACCACAGCUGCCAUUUGGCAAGGUUGUUGGACAUUUCUGCAUGACCUGCGGUGUAUUUCUUGCAUGAUCUCCCACAGUAGAUUGUAAGAUAUCAGUUUGAAAGUCAUGAGGAAGAGCGUGUGGUUUUUAUACAACUUAAGUAUUCAUUGCUCCUUGCUGUCCACACUGUACACCUUCAGUAUGCGGCAGGAUGGGGUGAGAAUCGGAAGAAAAAGGCAAAACUUGUGGGUUGAGAUAAAGGCAGUUUAACACUACAGGCAAGGAAAGAGGAAAACACCAACAAUAGUACUGAUAAAGGAAUAUACAAACACGAUGUACCGCUCACUGACCGGAUCCAGGAAAGCCCAGCCUGCCCAGGCGGGAACACUGAAAGCCAAGCCAGCUCCCCAGCAGCGACUCCUGCUCCUCCCAGCUGCAUCCGUCCCAGCCUCAUGUUGAAAACUAACCCUGUCCCCGCCAGAACCAGAACGCCUUGUUUAGACAGAUUUAAGUGGAACUAGUGUAAAAACAGUGUUUCUGUUGGGGAAGUUGGUAUCUUGGGAAGAUGAUGAUCUUAGUGGGAUUUGUAACAACCACAAGUCUUUGGUAUCCCAUGUGUCCCAUUUGUCAGUGUUCGUGCCGAAGCUGUGUAUCCUGGUUUUGCCAGUAGAGACCACAGUCACUACAGUUGCUGAGUCGUCGGUAUUGCCAGGAUUUUGGCAGCCUGCUGUGCAAGGAAUAGAUUGGGUCACUGAGACAGUUCUAGAGGAAGCCAGAGGGACAAAACCAGGAUGCAGGGAAAUUGGAGAGACUGUUAAUUAACAAAAGGACAGGAACAUUUUGGGGAAGGGCGAGAGAGGAAGAAAUAAGAAGUGAAACAGUAAAGACAAAGAGGAAGAACAGUGCCAGGAGGGCUGGACCUUGAGACUGCUGCAUGAUGGGAGAAGCCUCUUAUCUGGAAAGAGCCAACCUGGGUUUGGUCUUGUCCGCAAAUAUUUUUCACAGAGUGCUGAUCACAGCCUGCUUCCUGUUUCAAAAUGUAACUGGAGUCUUGAUUCAGUUAAGACAGAGGAACUGAUGCAGGGAGAGAGACGCUGAGGCAUAGGAUGAUACGGAGACAGAACCAUUUUGGACCUGAAGAUCAGAUGGUGCUUGUGGUGUCCCUCUGUGUUCUCCCAGCCUUUGGAUAAAGGAAACGAGUCAGACGGGUUUUCUGAACCGUUGCUAGCUGUGCCUUUUGGAAGGAAUUUGUAUGUCUCAUUCCAUCGAGGGCUUCAGAGAGUCUGGUAGCUGUACUGAUUGCAGCAGGAAAUAUAUGAACAGCAAGGAAGAUACUGGUGACCAGCAGAUCAUACUGAGAAACUUACCAUUGAAGGCAGAGAUCCAAAUCCUGACGUGAAAUGAGUGCAGACUUCCACAAACUCCUUUUUGACAUUUCUGAGGCUUUGGUCGCAGAUGAACUGGCAGCUCUGAAGUUCCUCAGCCGGGAGUACAUCCCCACGGGGAAGCUGGAAGCCAUCCAGGAUCCCAAGGCCUUCUUCAAAGUGCUGCAGGAGAAAGGAAUGAUCGAGGCAGGGAACCUCUCCUUCCUGAAAGAGCUGCUCUACCGGAUCAAUCGAAUGGACCUCCUGGCUGCCCAUCUGGGCUCCAGCCGAGAGGAGAUGGCGAGGGAGCUUCAGAUCUCAGGCAGGGCAAAGGUGUCAGCCUACAGGCAACUGCUAUAUAGAAUUGCAGAGGACUUGACUCCAGAAGAUGUCAAGUGCGUGAAGUUCCUGCUUCAAAAAGAAAUGCCAAAGAACAAGCUCCAGGAUAAUGCUUCAAUGUUGAAGGUCUUACUGGAAAUGGAAAGAAAUGAGAUAAUUAAAGAAGACGACCUGGCAGUGCUGAAAGAUAUAUUAAAGGGAUUUAGAGCUGAUGUAAAGAAACAAAUUGAUAUCUAUGAAGAAAAAAAAAAAGAAGAUGAUUCUAAGGAAAAACUCCACUGUCCAGUGCCUGUGUCUGUGCAUCCAUCAGGACAAGGAGCAGAAGGAGAGACACCACACCUGCUUGUGGAAUCAUAUAAGAUGAAAAAUAACCCCCAUGGUUACUGUGUGAUUCUUAACAACCACAUUUUUAAAAAUCCACGUGAAGUCAGAGAAGGAACAUUGAAAGAUGGAGAGGCUGUGAAGAGGGUCUUUCAGUGGCUUCAGUUUGAGACAGUUGAGCACAGGAAUCUAGAAGCAAAGCAAAUGUAUGCUGAACUUAAAGGAUACAGCAAAAAAGAUCAUAGUAACAUGGACUGUUUUGUUUGCUUCAUAUUUUCCCAUGGUGAAAAAGACAAAAUACAAGGCGCUGAUCAUGAGCUUGUAAAUAUUAAAGAUUUACUCUCCUGCUUCAGUGGAUCUAAUUGUCCUUCUCUUGCUGGCAAACCCAAGCUGUUUUUCAUCCAGGCUUGCCAAGGCUCUGUACGUCAUCCAGCUGUCACAGUAAAAGAAGACUUUUCUGGACAUCUUGAGACGGAUGCUACCCCUCUGACUUCCAUUCCUGAUCAGGCUGAUAUUCUCGUCGGCACGGCUACAGUGGAAGACUACGAGUGCUACCGCUGUCCAGAGACUGGCAGUAUUUACAUUCAAUGCCUCUGUAAGAAGAUGGAGUUGCUUUGCCCGCUCCGCAAGGACCUCAUAACCAUCCUGACAGAAGUGAACAAGGAAGUGGGAGGAAGAGUCUUAAAUGGAUGGAAGCAGAUGCCAAAGAUAACAUCAACCCUACGGAAGCAAUUGAUCUUCCAAAUUCCACAAUCUCAGUCAAUUGGAAAGUAGAAAAAUAAGAAUACACUCCAUUAGGAAUGACAUCUGGAAUGGAAUUCUACAGGGAAGAGAAUUUGCAAGAGAAAUUAUCUGGAUCUCUGUAGUUAGCCUCAGUCCUUCAAGGGGCCAUAGGACCUCAAUUUUCUAAUUCCCAUGUUUAAUCAGUCUGCUGGCACCUGGAUCUGUAACAGUCUGGUAAGGCCGUGGAGGAGUACAGAUCUGACUUUCUGCCCUGCAGAGUCCGUUCAGUCUGGGUUUCAAGUGAGAAAGCCCUUACAAGUAGUGUGAUUUUUAAGAAUUACUGGAAAUGCCAGUGGAAGUCCCAUUUCUGUCUGAGUUGUUAUAAGUCCCUGAAAACUGAAGAAAAGAACAGACAGAUUCAGAAUGCUAGACCCCUUCCCAGGGAGCACAUGUAAGAUUGUAACUGAUUUACCCAGAAGAGACAGAAGGCUGUCUCUGGAAGCUGUGUAAUUUUUCAUAGAAAAUAACAUCCCUGUCCAUAAGGACCAAAAAAAGAUGAUUAUGAUAAUACAAGUUUGAUUCUUUUCCUCCAGAUAUUUGUUUCGCUUUAUCUUAUUCAUUUACUUGGCUAAACAGCACCACUGUUUAGGUUCUUUUUAAUAGUAAGGGUUCUAGUUGUGAUUUUUUCAGAGCUGUUAGGGAACAGUCUGUUUUGAAUGGCUGUUGACCACUGGAAGGCAGGUCCCAUGCCAUUGGAUCCACUAAUCCGAAAUGCCUUCUCUUCCUGGCAGCUGGCUCUAGCUCCUGUGGACUCUUGGUUCUGUUUUAAUAAAUAGUCUUGGUUUUCAUAUGA